UGCCCCAUCAUUGGUGUCAGUGGGAGGAAUAGUGCCCCAUCAUUGGUGUCAGUGGUAGGAAUAGUGCCCCAUCAAGGUGUCAGUGGUAGGAAUAGUGCCCCAUCAUUGGUGUCAGUGGGAGGAAUAGUGCCCCAUCAUUGGUGUCAGUGGGAGGAACAGUGCCCCAUCAUUGGUGUCAGUGGGAGGAAUAGUGCCCCAUCACUGGUGUCAGUGGGAGGAAUAGUGCCCCAUCACUGGUGUCAG